UGACAUUUAAUUUUCCCAUUAUAGGCUCCUUUCAAUGGCCAAGGUAUCGCUAUCGGAGGUUAGGUUUAUCGUAGACGCGUACUUUUUUAAAUCAAUUCUAAGCAGCUGCGUGUUGAGAAAAGAGACAGAGCUAAAAGAGAAGGGAGCAUAAUUUCAACGUAAUAUAUCAUUAAUGCGUAGGCCACGUAUUUUUCAGAGCAGCUGAUAUUGUCACUAUUGUAAAUCACUUGUCAUUAGAGUUGAAAGCUGAAAUAAUAUAACAAUUCUCUAGGUACAGUCUGUAAUGAGCGUUGGCAGUUUGAUAGAUUUCGACCAACUCGAUGAGGAGGUGCAGAAGCUGAUACGCGAGAGCGCGAGCGCCCGCAGCUUCUCCUACUCCCCCUACAGCAAGUUCAAGGUGGGCUCGGCCCUUCUCUGCGAGGACGGCUCGGUGCGGACGGGUUGCAACGUCGAGAACGCCUCGUUCUCCGUGACGAUAUGCGCGGAGCGCUGCGCCCUCAUCAAGGCCGUGUCCGAGGGCCGGCAGAGGUUCCGCUCGAUCGGGAUCGUCGCCGACAGGAUAGACGGCCGUCUCACCACUCCCUGCGGCGUCUGUCGGCAGAUGCUCAGCGAGUUCGGCGACUUCGCCGUAUACAUAGCGAGCCCGGACAUGCGUCAGGCCCUCGUCACGACGACCCACGAGCUCCUGCCCCACGUCUUCCGCAAGGGCAGUAAAAACAAUUUCGAAUCGUCGAGCAUGCCCGUUUAACGAAUCAGCCGAUGCGAGUACGGCAGGUGCGCAACGCUGGCUCUUUUUAGAUAACCGCGCGGUCCAACUCGCACCCCAUUACGACAACUCCAAUAAUUUAUCUUGGCAAAUGCAUCGGCAAGAAUGCUGCAAACUGCACCGCAACAAGUAUCGCAAUUUUAAUCAUAAAACGGCUUUUUAUUAUAGAAACAACAUUUUUUUUUAAUCAUUAUUAUUCAGUUUAAGGGCGUUUGUUUUGUACGACGAAGAGUAAAGUUAUGACAAUUUUAUUUAUAACAAUAGUCGAAAUACCGUGCAACAAUGAAUAUUAAUCGAAAAAGCAAGAUGUCUAAGAUUGAAAAUUUUUCUUAUUAAAAAUAGUCGCUUGACCGAAUGAAACUGAUAAUCAUUAUGGAUCUUUUAAAUUAAUC